GGCACAUUUGUCGUGGCAAUGGUAGACCUGGACCCUCCGACGCCGCAGGAUCCUACAGAGGCGCAGAUCAGACACUUCCUUGGGGGCAAUUUCCAACUGGGCCGCGUCCAGCCAAGUCAACUGUUCCCGUUGACGAACUCCACCCCGGCUUUGUCAAAUUUCCUGCAACCGACACCACCAGCGGGAUCUGACCCUCACAGAUACGUAUUUCUUCUGUUCCAGCAACCCACUGGUUUUAACAGCCAGACGGAGGUCAACGCCUCGACGCCGGUCACCAACUUCAACAUCAGCCAGUUUGCACAGGAUGCCGGUCUUGGCAACCCUCUAGGAGGCACGUUCAUACUGGUGGGUCCCGACCCCAGCACAUAA